GAAAAUACCAUUGACCUCUCUGAUCUUCAAUUGGACGGAGUCCGGCGAUCGGAAUGAUCUUCGUCCCAUUAACUUGUUCGACGGAGUGGGGAUGAGUUGGUGGAACUUGGGCGGCAAGUAAGAUCCACGGAGAGGGAAAUUUGUGGGGGCACGUGAACGGCGUUGGGUUUCAUCGGUUGGGGGUUUCUAGGUAAAUUUGUUUGUGUGGUGGCUUUUUCGUAAUUAAAAGGUCAGUCAUGGACAUAAAAUUCAAGCUUCUGCCCAUACGAAAGGCUCAGGGCCGGCCUGAUUAUCAGGGCUGUUGUUUGAGGGUGGUUUACCGCGCGGUUUUGGUCGGGAUCCUGUGAUCCAUUCCGCUUUUCUGGCCGGAGGAACGCUGUCUGGCGUGGUUCUGAGAGCGGUUUUCCUCACAAAUGCCAGCGCGCAGACGUCCUGCUUGCGUUUCCGAGAAGUUUUAACACCUCGGGCCACUGACUGGAGGAGGCGAUUGUAGAGGAGGAGUAUACGUCUGAUCGCUGUAUUGGCGUGCGGAAUCUAGGCGAAAGCUCGGCGGGAAUUCCCUCCGCUCAUUGCCGCCGGAGGAUCCGUACAGCUGGUAUGUCCGGCGAAGCUGAUCUGACUUUCCGGGAGCUUUGAGACCCACUCACGGAGGCCGUAUUCACUAUUUUCAGAGUUGCGGAGCACUAGGGUUCCUUUUUUCCGGUGAUCGGAACCGAGCUGUGGCGCGAAGCUGACUCUUCUGUCGAUUUACUUGUGUUUUGACCGGAUUGGUCUGCCGGAAGUACGGAUCCGGUGGACAGACGUCGUUUCUGGUUCGGAUCCUUGAGCCUGUUUUUGUGAAGAAGUUCGGUAAUCCAGAUAGGGCAAUCUGCGACCGGAGGAGUGACGGAGAAGAGUUGAUCCGUCUAAAGUUGAAGUGGAGUCAUCGAGGAAGCUUCCACUACUCGAGCAGGAAAUAACGUGUUUUCCGCGUUUUUUUUCUAAGGGAGGAACAAGGCUGGGGUCUCUGUUUAUUUCAGGUGGAAAAACGAAGGAGAAGUUGUUCAUUCCAGGGAAUUUGCGGCAAAACCUUGUCCCUCAAGAGAGUGGCACGGGGCUUUUCAGGAAGUUCCAGACCUUUCUCAUUGACGAAUGCUUCUCUUUUAGGGCAUGCCAGUUGAUCUCUUCAGAUAAAGCUGCCAGCUAUUCCGUAAAGCUUUGAACUAGGGUACUUCUUUUGCUUUGUUUCUGCCGAAGGCUCGAUAUAUUAGGGUUUCUCUGGCUUGGCUUUCAGAAAUCAGGCGUUUUAGUAGUUGAUAUUGGUGGGGGGAGAUGACAUCCGGAACGAGGCUUCCUACCUGGAAGGAGAGGGAGAACAACAAGCGGAGAGAGCGCCGGCGAAGGGCAAUCGCAGCCAAGAUAUUCGCUGGCUUGCGCAUGUACGGGAACUACAAGCUGCCGAAGCAUUGCGAUAACAACGAGGUCUUGAAGGCACUCUGUGCAGAAGCUGGAUGGACAGUUGAGGAAGAUGGGACGACAUAUCGCAAGGGAUGCAAGCCAAUGGACCGGAUGGACGUGGUUGGAGGGUCUGCUCCUGUAAGCCCAUGUUCCUCCUACCAUCCUAGUCCAGCUGCCUCCUACAAUCCAAGCCCUGCUUCAUCUUCAUUUCAGAGCCCUGCCUCUUCCUCCUACGUGGAUGGCAACUCUCUCAUUCCCUGGCUUAAGAAUCUCUCCUCUACCUCUUCUAGCCACAAACUUCCUAACCUCUAUAUUAACACUGGCUCAAUCAGUGCACCUGUGACUCCACCUCUUAGUUCGCCAACUUCGUGUGGACCUCGAGUUAAAACUGAUUGGGAGUCCGGGAAUCAUGAUCCUGCAACUUCAAAUGCUUCUGGAGCCCCUUGGCCACACCACCACUAUGCGUUCCUCCCUAAUUCCACUCCUCCUAGCCCUGGCCAUCAAGAUUCCUACCAAAAUGGGUUCAAGUUCAAUAAAAGUGAUUGGCUUGCUGGCUUCCGGCUGCCAUCUUGUGGUGGCCCAACGUCGCCCACAUUCAGCCUUGUGACCCCUGCCUCUAACCCAUUUGGUUCGAAGGAUGAAUAUGGCAGUUCUCCAAUGUGGACGCCAGGACAAAGUGGGACUUGCUCACCAUCAGGAAAGGAGGUUGUCCCUGAUCCUGGUGACAUUCGCAUGAUGGAUGCUUCUGAGGAGUUUGCCUUUGGAAACACCACAGUUGUGAAGGCAUGGGAGGGUGAGCGGAUUCAUGAGGAGUGCGGGCCGGAUGAGCUGGAGCUUACACUUGGGAGCUCUCGAACAAGGUCCGCAGAAAGUUGACAACUCGAUUUUCCCCUUCUUUAUCUGCGAUUUUCUUUUCUUGCUGUUUUACAUGUUGGCCUUAUUGUGAGAUGAGUGUAUGGAAAAGAAAUAGUGGCAUUUGAAUAGUAAGUGGAUUGCAGGGAGCUUUUGGGGUUUUCUCUAAAUUCCACCAUGUUUGUUCACAGAGAAAGAAAAUGGUUAUAGUCUCAACUUGAUCCAAGACGCUUUAAUGUUCACGGUAACGUACUUCCAAUUCUGAUUAACAUGUUUUGCACAAUUCUUAAUCAUUUUUCAUAAA